AUGGCCGAGAAGCAGAAGCGCCAAUCGCCGCCCUCGUCCUCGUCCUCGCCCGCGCUCGCGCCCACUUCGGACGCGGCGAACGAGUGGGCGUGGGCGAGCCACGUCAGAGAGACGCACAAGCGGUGGGACGGCGACGACGGCCCGUGUUACGCGCGGCACCUCGCCGACCGCCUGUGGGGCGGCGAGGAGUACGUCUUGCGCGUCGACGCGCGGACGCGGUUCGACCGCGGGUGGGACGAGACGCUUUUAAGCGAUAUUCGCGGGGAGCGUCGAUCGAGGACGACGGUGUUGACCGGGUACCCGCUCGGGUACAGGAUGCGACAGGCGGCGGUGUACGACGGCGACGACCCGGUCACCGCGAAGGUGGCGGGGUACCUCCCUCUGUACGGCCGCGGGGACGACGACGACGACGACGGGAACGACGACGACGGGAACGACGUCGACGCGGACGCGCCCACGAUCGCGGCGGUCGGGAUGCAGAGCUUCGGCGAGCGCCUCCCCAAGCCCGCGGCGGUUCGAAUCGCGCGAGGGGCGACGAUUCAUAUCCCCGACGCGGGCGUCAUCCCGGUGCCCAACCCGAACUUCGUCUUCGCGCCCGCCGAGGCGCUGAUCCGCGACGCGCCGUCGGAUCCGCACGCGCCGUUCCUGUACCUCGGCGAGGAGCUCUCGCUCGGGGCGCGACUCUUCACGCGCGGCUGGGACCUCGAGCUCCCGCGCCGCUGCCCGCUGAGGCAGUGCUACGACCCGACGUUUCGAUCGAGCGCGGUGACGCAAGACCGCCGCGCCGGCCGGAUGAUGUACGGCGAUCCGUUCGAAGCCGGUCGCGGCGACCCCGCGAUGCUCGUCGAGCGCGAGGAGCUCAACCUUCAGUCGCAGCGCAGGGUGCUUCAGCUGAUCGGCGAGCCUGACCUGGACAGCGCGACGUCCGACCCCGAAGACGCGGUCGCGAUGAAGGGCGCGUGGGGCGUCGGCUCACGUCGGUCGACGCGCGCGUUCGUCGACCGCGUCGGCGUGGAUUUCGCGGAGAGAACCGUCUCCUCCGCGGCGAGACGCGGCGGGGUGCCCCCGGCCGCGGUCGCCGUGGAGUGCAACGUCGACUCCGCGCGGCACGACCGCACGAUCGCGGCGAAGCGAGAGGAUAGACUCGCGUUCAGCGGCGACGGGAUCGUGUCCCCGGUGGACGGGCUCCCGCUCCGGUGGCGCGGCGUCGCGGCGUACGACGACGUGCAAGGCGCGCGCUCGUGCGGUCCCGAGGAAAACGUGUGA